AUGCUCCUCUUCUCUCUGCGUCGACCUGUUGUCAUCUUUCGAGUGGUCUACAUGGUUCUUCUGCUCUACUUCUUCACCGUAUUCAUGGUUAGUCCUCACGAUUACCUUCAAAUAUUUUUGGUCGAUCUUGUUCGUUACAUCCCCCUCUUUUCUUCAAAGGUGAGCUACCGAUUUUGGCGAAAACAGAUGCCCACAUUCUGGUGGAUUUACAUCAUUUACUCCAUUGCUGUACUCCUGUGCACCUACACUUAUCAGUUUACCUUUAUUCCGUACUACUGGCAAAACGGCACCGGAUUGAGUCCUCAAUUAUUAAAAGCCAUCGGUUUGGAACAAUUUGAUAGCGCCGAACUCUUUGAUCGACUCAUGAUGCCUGUCGCAUUCAUGGUGGUCAUUAUUCUUCAAAUGCACUACUUUCAUGAACCCUUUCUCGAAAUCUCCUCCUUGGAUCGAUACCGAAACCUCGAUGAACAAGACAGGUCGCAUGUAAAUCUACCCACAUCGAGUUCUUCGCGUCAAAACUACGCUGAAUCAUUGGAAACCCAGUCAAAUUUCAUGGAGGAUUUUCACUCUGUUUUCAACAUCGUCACCUCAUCGAUCCGUCGGUUUGUUAAAAUCUCCCGUACGGUAAUGUGGAGGUUUGCGGAGGUGCAUUGGAUCAAGGUCGUUUGUCUUCUCGUCAUGUUCUCUGUCAUAAAGGAGGUGACAAUCACGAAUAUCAUUCCGGUGAUUAUCGUGGUGGUAUGCUUUCCCUUCCCCUACCUCCACGGCUUCCUCGUCACCUUUAUCUUCUGUUUCACCGGCCUUCAAAUCAUCAUGAAGAUGCUCUUUCAGUUGGACAUUGUCUCCGAUGUUGAUUACGCCAACAUGAUCGCAUCGGGGGCACCAAAUAAUCCGGCUCAACCGAAGUCCAGCAUCACUUCUCUUCUUCCUAAUGGAACGGGCAAAUGGAUUGGUUUGGAUGUGGUUGAAGACUUCCCGAAGUACAUCACGCCUCUGGCAUUGCUUCUGGUGGCUUGUGUCUUCUGGCACGUGAUCAAGUAUCGCCAGCUGCAGUAUUAUCGCAAGCCCGGCAGCCUGCGGCCUAAGUCGGGCAUCAUCUUCCCUGAAAUGACCUUCAGCACUAUGAACGAGAAGCUUGUAAACUUUCUCAAAUGUCUCGCCAACUAUACCUUCUACAAACUCGGUUUAGAGAUAUGCUUCUGCGUCACUGUAGUCGCCGCCUGCAUUCGGGUAGAUGCCCUGAGUGUACUCUACCUUCUCCUCAUGCUCCUCUUCCUCUUCACUCAUCGUCGCGAUAUCUGUUCCCGACUAUGGCCUGCCUACAUGACCUUCCUUGGUGUCCUCCUGGUCAUUCAAUACGCUGCAUGCUCGCAGAUCCCCUCCGUCCUUGUUGAAUCUCUUCCUUGGGACUCCAGCGACAACGAAACAAUCCGUCUACAGCAGUGGCUCUUCCUGCCUUCCACCUCUUACCAACCUGACCCCCGCAAACUUAUCGUUGACUUCCUACAAUUCAUACUGGUGGCCGCACAAUGGCGUGUAUUCAAAUUAGAGCAGAGACAAGAUUGGGAAAGCUAUGGUGGAGGCAGCAACACCCCUGUCCUCACUGACACUUUGCCCGGUCCGAAUGACCGUGAUUUUAUCAGCACGAAGGAGUCCUACCUGGACUACUUGCGUCAUGCAGUUUUCUACUGGUCCUAUUGGCUCAGUUUGGCUAUUGUCUUCGCCACGGGGGUCAGUUGGAUUACGCUCUUUUGUCUAGGCUACAUGAUCCUCAGUUUCAUCUACCUCUGGAUGGGCCAGAAUGUUAUGAUGCGAAGGCGUUCCAAUCUUCUUGCUUCAUGGAAUGUAAUUGUGGGAUACAACUUCUGUGUGAUCCUAGCGAAGUGUACUCUUCAACUUAUGGGUUGUGUUUACUGGAAUCGUCUCGUCGGCCAUCGUAUCUGCUGGCUUAUCCAGCUCUUCGGCGUCACUUGCAUGAAUCCAGUUGGAUGGAAUGACUACGCCGGAUACUCCACGGAUAUUGGAUGUGAGAUUGUCUCCAACGGACUGCACUGGGAUGUCGUGUGUUUUGCGGUGAUCAUUUUUCAGCGCAAGAUCUUCACUACCUCCUCCUUCCGUCACGUUGUCUUUGACCUCAACGUUCAAAGUUGUUUUGCUUCCAGAGGAGCUUUCCUUAUCAAUCGCAAGUUGAUGCAAGUAAUCAGCGAACAGAAUAUGCGCGAAAAACACGAUUUGGAACGAGUUCAACGUAAAUUGGACAAAAUUGCCCAGCGCCAGAAGGAGGCUGGUAAAAAUACGGCCAAUAUUAAUGAACACUACAUACUCAUUCGCUCGGGUGACUAUUACCACUUUGAUGGUGAUCCCGAAGAUGAAGAGGGCGAGUACGAAACAACUACCACUGCAACGACGCCAGCGACAACACCCUCAUCCGUCAGUGAAACCAUCUUACCGUUGCCUGCAAUGCAACAGGUCUCAGGAAUCCAGCAGCAUUCACCAGAAAGCGUGCAGCGUCACCAUCUUCGAGCGGUGUGGCCUAGCAUCGACAGCGCUCCGUUAGAUGCACUUUCCAACUACACCUGCCCUUACAGUCCCGCGCCGGCUCAUCCACGCCGUCCUGCCUCUCGAAACCCGUUCCAUGUCUCCUCCAUGGCGAGGCGUCGAGUUCCCUUGGAACAGGGUGGUUCUGGGGUGUUGCAUCGUCGACUUACACGUGCUUCGACUGGUGGUGGCUCGUCUACCUCUUCUUCAUCGUCUUCUGCCGCUGCCACCCCCAGUCUACCCGCUUUUCGCACCCACCGAAGGCUUUCCUCCUACCCGGAGGCUUUUCGUACUGCAAAGCGGCGAGCACGACGGGCGGAACAGGCGGCUGGGAUUGAAAUGCAAUCAUUGCCUCUUGCUGCUGCUUUGAAACCGCCUUUUUUGAGAGUGGCGGCGGAAAUGAAUAUUACAGCAGCGUCAUUGUCACCGAAGGGUCAUCGACGCAUCGCUUCAGUUGGUGAAAUCGAAAGACAUGACACCGAUGGCACAUCACCGUCAUUAACAGCAGAGGUGACAGAUUCCGGGCGGGCGGAUCAGCGGUCUUUACCUGAAAUCGAAAGUGUUACACCGAAGCAUUUGUCGGUAAAGAUCGGCCCUAUUUCGCGUUCUUCAAUUCGGCCCUCAGUAACCUUUGCGGUCUCCCCAUCCCCGGAUCCUGGUACUGUUGCUGACAACGAUGGUGAGGAGGAUGAUGAAGGUACGAGAAUGGAUAUAAAUGACGAUGAUGACGACGACGAUGACGACUAUGCCAUGCAGACGCAUAUGAACCCGCUACAACUGCUUAACCAGGCUAUGGAACAUGGUAUGCGCUCAGCCGCUCGUCAAUAUCGUCGUCGGAACAUGACUGCAUUUCAUCAGCGCAGCACCGUAGCUGACCCAAGUACAGCCGCAGUCCCCUCUGGUGCCGAAAUGGAAGGAGAAGGUGGUAUCGGGUCCGGCUUACAGUCAGGAAGGAUGGGUACCGUGAUAGCGCGAAAAUCAGUUGGUUUCGUCCGACCACCACUCUCAAAACAGAAUACUAUAGAGGCCAAUGGAGUAGCGUUUGAAGAGGAUCCGCUGGCGUUUUCGAAGACAGAAGAGGGUUACGCCGAUCGAGAUGUUCUUAAUCAGGCAGACUUUGCGCCUUUUGCGCCACAAGAAGGCGGAUCUUCAGUGGUUGCCGCACCUGAAGGUGGCAGAAUUCCCUCAGACGACUCAAUUUCUAAUUUCAGUCACGUAUCGGAGGACGACGUUAAAGAAAAGUCGGAGAGUUGUUGGAGCCGCUUCAAGGCGGGGUGUCUGGUGCUGCACAUCUUCUUCCUCUCCACCAUCGAGACGACCACACGAAUGCUCAACUCCAUUACUCGAGAACAUCGACGCAUUCGACGCACCAUUGAUGUGGAGAAGCGGAAAGUUAAGCAAAAGGCUCUCUACAUCUUCAACCGCAGCUCCAUUGAUGCAAGAGUAGCGUGCCUAAUCGAAGCCACGGAGCGAGCCAGGCGUUUGAGCCGUUGGCGCCGCCUUUUUGUUCGUAUCUCGCUUUCGAGAAUUGCGAAAACAUCACCACCUCCAACAGCGCCCAUGCAAGUGGGUCGCUAUGAAGAUAAUAACAGCUCAAUUCUACCUCUUUCUCCUCCUCGCGGAAGCAUCAACUCGCUUUCCGACCACUUCUACGAUAGAACUCGGGUUACGUUAGAAUCCGUCGUAUUUGAUGUAAUUUCGAGUAGCACCAGUCCUUCGCGAACAUCAAUUUUGGAUCCUUCCUUCUACACCGCUUCCUCGGGAUCUGCAGUGCGUAGGCAGCGACUUGACACAACGUCAACCACUGCCACCAAGGGCCUGCAAUCAGCCGCGCCUCGCCCAUCCCCCACAUGGGAUGCAGAAGAGUACGACGACGAGGCCAGAGCACCAGUGGCUGCUGGUGGUAGCGUUGGUAAUGACGGUGGCAUUCUAUCGACCUGGGAGCAGCGUGAACGCGAAUUUCGGCGUUCGCGGCCCAGUCUUUUCCUACUUCUAAUCGCAGUGGGCAAUCUGGUGGUAGUACACUCCGAAUUGGUCUGCUACACCAUCCUCAUCAUCAACCACAUGCGCUCCGCGAACGUGCUCUCCUUGGUUUACCCCUUAAUGGUCUUCCUCUGGGGCAUGCUUUCGGUCCCUAGACCUACAAAGACUUUCUGGAUUAGUCUAAUUACCUACACUGAGUUAAUCAUCAUCAUCAAGUACAUCUUCCAGUUCCGCUUCAUCGAGUUCAACUCACCGGACCAGGUGUCGGCCACGCUGGCAAAAACGCAUUGGCUGCCUCUCAUCUUUGGCGUUGAGAAAACCGAUAGCUACGCUAUUUGGGAUCUCAUUCAGCUGCUCUUCAUCUUCUUGCAUCGAAGCUACCUCAAGAAUUACGGUCUCUGGCGUGAUGACACGGAAUUUAGGCAAGAUCUUAUUCAGGCCGGCGAGGCAAACAAGGCUAAUGUCAAAAAAGACGGUCGACAACAGCAACAAAUUAGAGAGGAAGCGAUUGUUCCAAGUUACUCUAAAUCAUCAAGUUCGCAAUGUACUUCUUCGGCGUCAUUGAAUCCCAUCACGAAGAUGCGUCGUUUCUACCUCAAAAUGACUGACCCACGUUACAACCAGAAGGUCGAUGUCUAUGUAUACAUGUUUAUAUGUGAAUUUCUCUCCUUUUGGAUAAUCAUUUUUGGGUAUCAAUCAUUCGGUCCCAGUACCGGGAUGGGAGAUAACGCCUUUGAGUUUAUUAAAACUAAUCGUAUUCCUGGUCCUUUCAUUGGGAUGAUAGUAAUCCAAUCCGUGUUUAUUGUGACUGACAGAGCACUGUUUUUGAGAAAACAGGUAUUAGGCAAAUUCAUUUUCCAAAUUCUUCACGUAAUCCUUAUCCACGUGUGGCUUUUCUUCAUCCUGCCCCAAAUUACAAUGACACCUUUCAACGUUGGCUCAGCGAGGGCUCUUCUCUACCUGGUGAAAUGUAUAUACUUCGGUCUUUCUGCCUAUCAAAUCCGCAGUGGAUAUCCACGACACAUUCUCGGAAACUUUUUGACUAAAAACUACAACUACAUUAACCUAGUGCUUUUUAAAGCGUACCUGAUAAUGCCGUUCCUGUACGAAGUUCGUAGUGUGAUGGAUUGGAUGUGGACGGACAGCCCUCUCUCCCUCUACCAUUGGAUGGAGUUGGAGGAUAUCUACGCGAAGGUGUUCGUAAUGAAGUGCUGGCGCCGCUCGGAAAUCGAGUAUCCCACACCAUUGGGUCGAAAGCGUUCCAUAUGUGUUAAGUACACUGUGGGCCUUCUUAUACUACUCUUUGCGUUUCUUUGCUUCUGGGGACCUCUUGUGGUUGCCUCUUUCAUCGACACUACCUUCGCCAUCAAUGUGCCCAUUGAGUGCUCACAAACGCUGGCUAUUGGUGGAUUCCCCACAUUGUACUAUUUCGCUUCUCGCGAAAAUAAUCUUCUCCAUGUGAACGAUUCUUUUUUGUCCGAAAUUCGCCAAUGCAAUGCCUUGGAUCAGGGGACAACAGGGUUCGUGGACAACUUUAAGACUGAGGAUGUGAGCAACAUGACCUUUGGCACUACCUCAGGACGCCUCUGGACAAUUACGCCUCCUUUAUACCGUAAACUUAUGUCCGAGCUAGUGGAUGAGGACUCGCAAAUGACCAUAACAUUUCACAUAGCUUGUAGACGACCACCUCGUGCCAUUGAUUCGGGUUCGACGCGCGUGGAACAGUACUUUAAUCGUCCAUUAUCGAAGCGAGAACGGUUGGAGUUUAAUGAAGUCCUGGCUGAAAGUCUUGUCAAUUCUUCCGCUGCGGCCACUUCAAAAUCUGUUUUACUAGAACUGGCGUUUCCGCGCUUUUUGUUUGCCCAGAAGGACAAUCUUCGAAAUGCAUCCGGCAAUUUGGCGCAGCUAUACACCUUUGUCAAUGUCAGUGCAUCGUUGGGGAAAGAUAGUCACUCAGAACAACGAUGGUGGGUACUUGAGGAGAUUGGAUUAGCUGGAGCGCCCUGCUACGGAACUAUUAACAACUUAACCCAGGAAGACAUGACUUAUCGGUCGAAAUCGCGGAGCUUUUCAAUCAUCAUUUUCAACGAGCGUGUCUCGGAUAAUCUGUUGGGGAAGAUUUUUAGCUCCUACGGCAUAAUUGGUAUGUACGCGGCCUACAUAUUCUUUGCGAGUCGCCUGCUACGCAUGAUCUACAGUGACAUUUCCUACCAGAUAUCGCUGCAGGAGUUGCCACACGUUGAUAGGUUGUUAAAUCUCUGUCACGAUAUUUAUCUGGUACGCGAGAAUGGGAAGCUUUACCUGGAGGAGCAACUGUUCGCCAAAUUGAUAUUCCUCUACCGGUCGUCGGAAACUAUGAUCAAGUGGACGAGACACCCUAAAUGGCUAAUUGAUAAGUUUUCUAAAAAAUCAGACGAGGAGGAAGGGAGAUCAAGUGGAAGACGGAGGCCUUCGAGCAGCCACAAUAAAGAUACUGAUGAAAACCAGCGGGCAUCUCCCCCACUGUCACAGUCGGUACCACUGACCUUACACGAAGAUCGAAGCGAUGAUCGCGGGCGUCGUAGACCGCAGCCGCAGGAAUAUCAAAGCACAUCGCCAACGUGUUCCACUACUAUGAAAAAGGGUGAGGACAUCUUCCAGGAGGCUGAGCAGAGAAGUCCUGGCAUGGCACUAUAA